UGUCUCUUCCUAUCUAAGUUAUUCUCUCUCACCUUUUCUCACUGUAAAGUGUGGCCACAGCAGACCCAAAUGCCUUCAAUUCUUUCUCAACACAACUUUGCUUGUUGACAAAUUUAAGACUCCUUUCAUGGCCUUUUUCCUUUUUCUUUUCCUUUUCCAAAACACUCACAGAUAUGAUUCUUCUUUCUUAGAUUGCCCGCUUUAUCAAUGUCCAAGCCACUUUCUUGAGUUGCUUUUUGCUGGUUUCUCUGAAUUUUUCUUUUGGGUUUUUUAUGGUAUUUGUGUUUUCAACUCUUGUUUCUUGUACAUCAAUGUAAUGAGUUGGGGUGGUGAGUAGGUUUUGUACUGGGUAGUUGAAGCAGAAGAUUUUGCGUAAGGUUUAUGCUCUGCCCCAGGUCACUUGAAAGAGGUCAACCAAAGAUGCAGUGUACGAGUUACGUCCCUGUAUAUUACUGUGUGAGGAAUCUUAAUGCAGGUACCAAUGACUUCUCUUGGCCCAUAUUUAAUGGCGAUACAUCUCACAAAAGUGGGAGAAGCUACAAUGUUUCAUUGCCACCUUCUGGCGUCAACCAAUAUCUAGGGUAUGACAAGGAGGUAAUGAGACAGAGAAUGCUUGAGCAUGAAGCCACAUUUAGACUUCAGGUCCAGGAAUUACAUCGUCUAUACAAAAGACAAAAGGAGUUGAUGGGCGAAAUACGGGAUAGAGAAUUCUCCACGCAACAGGUACUACUGCAGACAUCAGAAUCAUAUCCAUAUUUGUGUCAGGUACAAUCUGACACUACUCAUGGGGUCUCACAUACGCCCAGCUGGCUAUUUGGAAAUUCUUCAGAUAGUAAGUUGUAUUCACUCACUGAGGACAGCUUUCGAGAACCCCCUCAUUUUGUUGCAGAAAAGAGUGUAAAAGGAGGAGCUGGACCUUCCCUAACAAAAAACUGUUCUACCGAACUGGAAAUUCUGUCAUCCCAAAGUAGAAGAUAUCGAAAGAAAAUUUUUGAUCUUGAACUUCCAGCUGACAUGUACGAUGAUGAUAAAGAAAGGGAGCAGUUUGAAGAGGGAAAUAUUAAUGAAGCACCUGACAUUCUGUAUAGUACUCUCAAGAAAUUUUCAGACAUUGAACUUGAAAGUGACUCAAAACUUGACUCUGUUAAGCCUGCAUAUUCGUCUAGUUCCAAUUUAAAUUGCACUAAAAUUAGUUGUUUGAUUGACUUAAAUGAACCUGUACAGCUUGAAUCACUUAGUUCAAGUUCUGGUCCUUUUGUAACUGAUUAUGGCCACAAGGAGACUGUGCACCGCAAUCAUCAGGAUGUGAAUUGUGACAAGGGCUCAAGUGGUAUAAAUUAUUCAGGGCUUAUUGAUCUAAAUUCUACGCCUCUCAGUUUAUUAGAGAUGACAAUUACCCUGGAAAAUACCGGGAAUAUGGAAGAGGAAACAAAAUUUGAAAAUUCCGAUGGAAGAGCAAAAUCAAAUGCUGGGAUUGCUGAUAAAUUCUCGACAUCUAACACUGACAUGGACUUAAACAGUGGUGUAACUGGGGAUGAGCCUUCACUAGCAGUGCCAAAUCGAGAUGGUGGAAAUGAUGUUGAGAUUGACUUGGAGUGUUCUUCACAGAGAGAAAAACCUGAGAACGGUAAUCUUGAGACACCUUCCUUUCUGCCCGACCGAGAUGGAGAACCACUCGGGGAACCUGAUAGGAUUGCUGCAGAGAUUUUGAUUAUGAUUUUAUCAUCUGAAGUUCAACUGCAUUUGAAGUCUGCAAGUAGUGAACCACUAGACAACUCCAACGGCUGUCUGUAUUGGUUUGCUGGGAUUGUUUCUUCCAUGGGAGGUGAAGUGCUGCAUGAGGUUGAGAAACACCAGAAAGGUGCUACUUACUAUGAUCAAACUGAUGUUUCACAUGAUGAGAUUGAUGAUUUCGAGCCAAUGGCAUUUAAGCUGCAACAUGGACAUGAUAAUUAUUUUUGUCAAGACAUCUGGAAAGAGAAAGAAACAGUUGAUACUACAUUGUCCAGUCGACCAAGCAGGGGAAGAGCACGGGGAACAAGGCAGUGCAAGGACUUUCAAGUAGAAGAGGACCUUCAAAUGGAUGAAGGAUUUCUCAAAACAGGUUCCCGGAGGAGAAAUGCAGUUAUGAAGACUUCUGCGAAACAAAGGAAAUAUUCCAAUUUACGGCCUUCUAAUCGUGUGAAGAAAUCAGUGAGCUCUAUUUUGAAACAGCCUGAUACUUGCAGUAAACAGGGCUUUUUGGAGAACUUGACAGGGUGGGGGAAGAUGAAGAAACGGCAAGGAGGUCGAGCUAGAAAAAUUCAAUCAAAUGUAGUUGGCUUCAUGGGGGAAUGAAGGAAGUUAGACUUUUGUUUCAUUACAGGAAAUCUUAUUAUACUCUUAGUAGAAUGUUUUUUAGGGACUGGUCUGUGAUGACAUUUUGAUCAUGGAUAUUUUUGUACAUAAGCAAUUUACUUAAAUUAUGAAACUGGUUGAGGAUUGAGAUACA